CUUAUACGUAAAAUAAUACCCUUUAAAAAAAGGCCGUUUUUACCCCUUAUCAAAAAGUAUAGUAAUAACUAUUCUAUAUUAAUUAAGUUAAAUAUCCCGUAUUAUUAUAAGAUUUUUUUAAAAAUAACAAAAUCGUCAAUUUUUAAUAAAUAA